CAGCUAUCGAGUAGUUGAGUCUGACAGCUUCGUUUGGUUGAAGAAGCAGCAGCAGCAAACCAAAAUACGCGAUGUGAGAAGUGAAAAAUAUGCUAAAAUAAAAUAGCUAAAUUUUCAACUUUUGUUAUAUUUUCGUAUAUAAUUGUUUUGCCCGUUAACCUAAUAAAUUGUUACAAUAACAGCGACAAGGACGAGCAACUCGUGUAGCGUAAAACGAAGGAUAGACAAAAAUGGCGGAUCCGCUAAGUCUCUUGCGGCAAUACAACAUAAACAAAAAGGAGAUAAUCGAGCGUGAUAAUCAAAUUAUUUUUGGUGAAUUCUCCUGGCCCAAGAGUGUUAAGACUAAUUAUCUCAAAUAUGGCUCUGGCAAAAAGGGGGCUCCACGUGAAUAUUAUACACUCGAGUGCCUAUUGUAUUUGCUCAAAAAUGUUAUGCUACAGCAUUCGGUGUAUGUGCGGCAGUGUGCUGCCGAGGAUAUACCCGCCGUAAAUCGGCCCGAUCGUAAGGAACUGCUUGCUUAUCUCAAUGGCGAGACGCCCACAUGCGCCAGCAUCGACAAAAGUGCUCCAUUAGAGAUACCCACACAAGUGAAGCGUACAGCCGAUGGAGAUGCGGCGACUAGCGGUGAGACGGCAGCCAAAAAAGCUCGCUUCGAAGAGACGCAGGUGCAGAAGGUGCGCGAACAGUUGGCUGCACGCUGGGAUGUCAAUCAGAAGGAAACGGCCGUCAACAUGGACAAUAUUAAGUCGCUCUCAGAGACGAUGUCAGUGGAAAAGAUUGCGGCCAUCAAGGCGAAACGUUUGGCCAACAAGCGUACUACAAUCAAGCGUACAGACAAUGAAGAAGCCAUGGGCACAGAUCUGCGCGCUAUACUCGAUUACGACGUGGAUUCCACGAAGGAUAUUAUAAGCCGCGAAAGGCAAUGGCGUACACGCACCUCAGUGCUGCAGAGCACAGGCAAAGUGUUUGCCAAGAAUAUUUUCGCUAUGCUUCAGGGUAUUAAAGCGCGUGAGGAGGGACGUAAUCGGCCACAGGCACCGAAUCCCAUUAAGAUGCCUGAGCCGGCGCGCAUUACCAAGCCACAGCCGCAGCUGUCGCAAUACAAUCGUUACGAUCAGGAACGUUUCAAUCGUCAGAAGGAGGAGACUGAAGGCUUUAAAAUCGAUACGCUGGGCACAUAUCACGGCAUGUCGCUCAAAUCCGUGACAGAGGGUUCGUUGGCACAGCGCAAGGCUCAGGCAAGUAUGCCACAUGGUGCUGGUGCAGCUGCAGCCACACCCACAGCUGUAACACGUGCUACGCCCAAAGAUCUGCUGCCCGCGGCACAAGCUCGACAACUGCCAGCGAACGGGCCACAGAAGCGGCCGUCGCGUACACCCAUUAUUAUAAUACCUUCUGCCAACACGAGCCUUAUAACAAUGUUAAAUGUUAAGGAUAUACUGCAGGAUUUGCGCUUCAUGUCCACGUCGGAGAAGAAGCUACAGGGCUGUCAGCGUGAGAGCGAAGUGUUGUUGCAUCGUAAACGCAAUAAUCAGACUGUCUCGUAUCGUGUUGUCGACAAUCCUAUUAAGCUCAGCCAACAGGAUUGGCAGCGCGUUGUCGCUGUUUUCGUCAUGGGUCCACAAUGGCAAUUCAAAGGCUGGCCCUGGGAUGGAAAUCCCGUGGAAAUAUUCUCAAAAAUUUGCGCUUUUCACUUGUGUUUCAGUGAGCUGAAAUUGGAUGCGAAUGUGGAACGUUGGUCUGUGACGCUGUUGCGUCUAUCCCAAAAUAAAAGGCAUUUGGAUCGAGCUGUGCUGAGUAAAUUUUGGGAGACACUGGACAAAUACAUGCUUAAGUACAAGCCAGAUUUAAGAUUUUAAAUACUGUUGAGCGCGCGAUUGUUACUGAACCAACGAACAGCCAUGUAAAGUGGAGGAAUUAAAGAACAAACAACAAAGUAAUGUUUUUAUAAACCAGUAUGUUUUUUGUUUUUGGCCAGCUGGUUAAUAUAUCUGUGCGGCAGCUCAAUUUCACUGUGUUGCUGGCAAACAAGCGCUAUUAAUUAAGCUAAAAGUUUGUUCAAUUUGUACAAUGUAAACUAUGAGACAGAGCUAAGAAAAUAUAUAAUUUGUAUAAUUAGUAAUAAAAACAAAUUAUA